AUGGAAUCUCUCCGUCGACUUGCGACGUUCCUCUUCGUAUUCGCUGUCGUCGGCUCGUCAGUCGCUGUCGCACGGGCGUCGUUCAUCGUGCAGACGCACAGCAUUCAGAUCACGGAGCCAAAGAGCAUUCGCGGGACGUACGACAGCGCAAUCGCCAACUUCGGAGUGCCUCAAUACGGCGGCACUCUAACGGGCGUGAUUGUAUACCUACAGAACAACAAGGCGGGAUGCACGAAAUUAUCCACGUCGGAGGCCUUUAAGAAGGGCGUGGGUCAACGACCCACCAUUCUCAUGGUCGACCGAGGAGACUGCUACUUCAGUCAGAAGGUGUGGUACGCGCAGCUGGGCGGAGCAUCAGCCGUCCUGGUGGCAGACACGGACACAGAAUCCCUCGUCACCAUGGAGGCCCCUGUGGACGACCAGGACACCGACCGCUACGUCAACAACAUCACCAUCCCCUCCGCGCUCAUCGAGAAAGCCACCGGAGACAAGAUCCGCUCAGCUCUUUCCUCCGGGAACAUGGUCCUGGUGGACCUGGACUGGCGGGAGACGCUGCCUCACCCGGACGAGCGUGUGGAGUACGAGCUCUGGGGCACGAGCAACGACAUCUGCGGGCCAAAAUGCAACGACCUGACCAACUUUCUGGAUAAGUUCAAGGGCCUGGCGAUUACCCUCGAGCAGGGGGGAUACACGCUCUUUACGCCGCACUACAUCACGUGGUACUGCCCGCCAGACGAGGUGGACUCGAUAGCCUGCAAGAACCAGUGCAUUCACAAGGGGCGGUACUGUGCUCCGGACCCGGAGAGUGACUUCGAGGAGGGGUAUGAUGGGAAGGAUGUGCUGGUGGAGAAUCUGCGGCAGCUGUGCGUGUGGAAGUGGGCGAAUGACACGGGGAAGCCGUGGGUGUGGUGGGACUAUGUCACGGACUUCAGGAAGCGGUGCAGCAUGGCGGAUAAGAUGUUCAAUGCGGUGUGCGCCGAGACCGUUCUCACUUCGCUGGGCAUUGACGUGCGCAGCGUGCGCACCUGUGUUGGCGAUCCCACGCAGGACGUGGAUAACCCGCUGCUGCAGCAGCAGGAGGACGCGCAGGUGGGCAAGAAUGGGCGCAGUGACGUCACCAUCCAGCCGACGCUGGUGAUCAACAACGAGCAGUACCGAGGCAAACUGGAUCCCAUGGGCGUGCUGAGAGCUGUGUGCUCGGGGUUUGAGGAGGCCACUGAGCCGCCCGUGUGCCUGGGCGCAGACGUGCAGACGAACGAGUGUGCCACCAACAACGGGGGCUGCUGGUCGGGCUAUAAUGUCACAGCGUGCAAGGACACGUUCAGAGGCAGGGUGUGCCAGUGCCCCAGCGACCCCGUCUCGGGGGUCAACUAUGUGGGGGACGGCUACAAAAAAUGCUCCCCCCAAGGCGUGGGGCGGUGCCGGGUGAAUCACGGGGGUUGCUGGAAUGCGGAGCACAGCGGCCAGACCUUCUCUGCGUGCGAUGACACGUCUGUGUUCGGCACGGGGUGCAGCUGCCCGUCGGGCUUCACGGGGGACGGGUACACGUGCACGGACGUGGACGAGUGUGCUGCUGACUCCACCGUCUGCAAGUGCCCCGACUGCCACUGCUCCAACACCUUUGGCUCUUUCGACUGCUCCUGCCCGGGCGGGCUGCUUUACAUGCGCGACUCAGACACGUGCAUCAACGGCGGCUUCACAUCGCACAUGUUUGGCAAGAUCUUGGCCAUCGUGGUGGCUGCGCUCAUCCUCGCUGCUCUCAUCAGCUUCGGCAUCUACAAGUACCGGCUGAGGGCCUACAUGGAUUCCGAGAUCCGCACCAUCAUGGCGCAGUACAUGCCGCUGGACAGCCAGCAGCAGGACGGGGCCACCCGUGAGAGCCUCGUGCAGAGCGCAUGA